AUGGCGGAGCGCCAUACGUUAUACUUUGGAAAUCUUGAGGACCGGGUGGAUGAAUCCUUACUUUAUGAAUUGGGGAUACAGGCAGGUCCUGUAGUCUCAGUAUAUAUGCCCAAGGAUCGAGUAUCACUUCUCCACCAAGGAUAUGGAUUCGUUGAGUAUCCUUCGGCCAAGGACGCAGAUUAUGCUGCCACACUGCUUGCUAAUAUCAAAUUGUACAAUAAACCGGUCAACGUUCGUCGCGCCGGUAGCGACAAACCAACCAGCGAGGUGGGAGCUAAGGUGUUUGUGGGCAAUUUGGACAUUCUCGUCACGGAAAAGGUUCUAACCCAGACAUUUUCUAGUUUUGGUCCGCUGGUGAGUACCAGAAUAGCCCGCACGUCUGAGGGCCAGCCUAAAGGAUACGGAUUCGUUAUAUUUGAAGAUUUUGAAGCAGCAGACGCUGCAAUUAAAGGUAUGGACGGCCAGUAUCUAAUGAACAAACCAUGUACGGUUGGUUACGCACGGAAAGAAAACAGCGCUGGGUUCCAUGGGGACGAGGUCGAGCGUCGCCUAGCACGGGAGGCCAAGCGGCAUGGCGUCAAGUUUGGGCUCAAGUAG